UUUUGGAGAGAUCAGGAAAACGACAGCGCGAUAAAAAUUAGAAUUGUUGCACUUCACAAAUUAAUGACCAUGAGUUCCUACUUGAUCAAUUCGAAUUACAUCGAGCCCUCUUUCCCGCCGUGCGAGGAGUACCAGCAGAACGGCUACAUCCCCGUCUCUUCUGACUACUACGAGCGACCGAAAGACUCGGGUUUCCCCCAUCACGAGGAGGCAACAUAUCCGCGGUCAAACUACCAAGACCCGAGCUAUGAUUACGGUAACGUCUCAAGCAAUGGUCUCGUGGAUUUCAACGAUCGACAUCACGUACAACCUCAGUCCGUUCCCCCAAAUCACGGGCCCCACCUCAACACCGAGAGCUGCGCUGGAACGACGGCAACCAAGGAUUGCAGCCUCGCCACAGAGGCUCUCCCUGCCCCACCGAAGGGGAAGGAGCCAGUGGUCUACCCCUGGAUGAAGAAGGUCCACGUUAAUACGGUGACCGCUAACUAUUCUGGAGGAGUGCCCAAGAGGUCUCGCACCGCCUACACCCGCCAGCAAGCUCUGGAGCUUGAGAAGGAGUUUCACUUUAACCGGUACCUGACCCGGCGUCGGCGGGUGGAGAUAGCACACACUAUGUGCCUGUCAGAGCGACAGGUAAAGAUAUGGUUCCAGAACCGUCGCAUGAAAUGGAAGAAAGACCACAAGUUGCCCAACACGAAGGUCCGCUCUGCCAGCUCCUCGACCCCCAACCACCAAGUCAAAACGGACGCGAGCCAGCAGCAGCAGCAGACACUGCUUCCCACGCCAUGCUCGUCGAGCCUAUAGUGAUGGAGGAACGUCAGAAGCAGCAG